AUGGUUGAUGAUGAAAAAACAUCCCUUGAUGAACCUGAAUUUGCACUGGCCCCUAUUGAACUUACCAUCGCCACUCCAACACAUAAGGCAGAUAGUUCAGACACUGUACUAAGUGAAACAAAUACAAAAGCACCAGCAGUAGAGGAAAAUAAUUCAUCGGCUCUAACCAUUGUUCCAACCAGUACAACUACAGACUCAGGAACUAUUCAAGAUGGAGCAUUUGAUCCAACCGAAUGGGAACUUGCUCUGGCGACUACUCCAAGUAACAAUAAUUCAACUGUUCUUGAAAGCAGAAUGUUCAAAUGGCUUCCAUGGCUCAGCAACAGCAGCAAAUGUUCUCUAUGUUCUUGCAAUCGAAUUCAUUCGUUCAGCCAAUCUCUCCACUGCACUCUAAUGUUGGGGCUGCAGUGAAUCCAUUUGGUGAUGAUGUUGGGCGCAGAACUUUCCCUAUCGACAAUCUCCAACACCAACCGAACAAUCCUUUUGGAAAUCCCCAGGUAUAACUCAAGAAUGAUUUCCUCAUUCCUGCUACCUAAUGAUUUUUCUUUUUUCUUUUUUUUCCUGUGCUCUCAUUGUUUUUUUUUUUAAUGUAAAUUUUGAUUUUGAAUGAUCGCCUUGUUUAU